AUGGAGUGGGAUCCAAGUCUUUUUUUUCGUCUCGAGGGGAGUCCUGCGCCGUAUGCUCUGUUGAUCUUGAAUCAGCCAAUCAAUGAGCGCGCAUUUCAGGUACUGAAUGAACAUGCUUCCUAUAUCAUUUGCGCCGAUGGUGGGGCCAACCGUCUAUACGACUUGUUGAAAAGUCAAGGGCAGGAAUCAACAGAACUCCCUGACACCAUUGUCGGAGAUCUGGACUCACUUAAUCCAGAAGUAAGGAAACACUAUGAAAAGCAUGGAGUGCCUAUCUUAGAAGAUCCAGAUCAAUAUUCAACAGAUUUCACCAAAUGUCUGAAAUAUCUCAAUACGCACUCAUCAGACAUCAUCGCAUCUCCUCGUGACCGCAAGAGCUCUACAUCCCCAUUGGGCCCAGACCCAGUGCUUGAAAUUGUUAUUCUCGGUGGUCUAGGUGGCCGCGUCGAUCAGGCCUUCUCACAGAUUCACCAUUUAUACAUGAUGUCCCGGGACCAGAGAAAACUCCGCGAAGCACACCAAAGCAAGCAAGGAACAAAAGAUGUCUCUGCUGAAAAUGAUGAGCCCAAUCCUGCGUCUGGGGGAAAUCUCUAUCUCGUCUCUGAAGAAAGUAUUACUUUUGUGUUACAACAGGGGAAGAAUAUUAUUCAUACACCAGCUACGAGACGUCCGGAUCUUGACCAAGCUGCUCGGAAACGCAAGCGUGAUGAUGAAUCUGAACCGGUAUAUUUCUUUGAGGAGAAUAUCGGUAUUAUUCCUCUUUCUGCGCCUGCCUCCAUCACGACCAAGGGGUUUGAAUGGGAUGUAGAAGACUGGCAUACGGAGAUAGGUGGUCAGCUAUCUACGAGUAAUCAUAUCCGCGCAGACACGGUUCACGUGGAGACAUCGGUGCCAGUACUUUUUACCGUGGAAUUGGCGGAAAGACUUAAGCGCUGA